AAAAGGCAUUCCCCUUGGCCUGUCAAUCAAACUGGAUUAAAUAGUUGUGUAUUUAAGAAUCGAUGAACUUGUCAUUUCUGCAUUAAGUCAAUCUGGUAUUGGUAUUUUCAAUUUAUGUGCAGAGGUGCUUGUGAUUGGAUUAUGUGUGUAAACUUACUUUGUAAAUCUGAAUCAAUAGUAGAAGAAAUUGAUUUAUUUUUGUCAAGGGGUCCUGGAGUUUCCUGUCCACUUCCUUGAACCACUGCAUGUGGUGUUUGUUUAACAGCCUCCUGGAGAGCUUCUCAAAUGCUAACAUUAUUGAACCUCCAACAACUGGCUAAUAGAUGUGACAUCACAAUAUCCUUACUGCAAACCUGCUGUAGCCGUUCUCAGCCAAGAAGAUGACAUUUUGAUAAAGAUCUCCGGAGUUCUCCUCACUUAUGAGCAGCAAGAAACUUUUGACUCCCCAUUACCAGUGGCUGUGAGGAUAUCACACAAGCCUACUAAAAUGUUAAGGGCUAGAUGUUCAACCUUCCUCUGUUUUAACCUCUUGAGUUAAUUACAUCUUUCCUUCAGGGUAGCAUCGUUAGAAGAUAUGAGACUCAUUACAAUAAAGCAAUGAUUUAAUAACGUUAACAAUUAUAUUGAUGUGAACACUGAGCUUACUGCAGGGACAGAGCUGGCAAACGAAGACGUCCAUGCCAAUGCUGAUUAUAUUUACUGGAAUAUUUUAACCCAGUACAACAAAACAUAAUUUGCGAAAUCCAUAUGUGUUUGUAUUAGAGUAUUAAAGCAUGCAUGCUAGCUAUGCCCAUCAGGAUAGAAAUCUUACUGCCUUUGUUUUAGCUUGUUGUCUUCUAAAAAAAUAAAAAAUAAAAAAAAUAAAAAACACGAAGUGUGAAAAAGAAAAAGAAAAACACGCGCUAUUUUAGGCUGUACUUCUAACACAUCUGUUUGUGUGAGGUGGUUGUUUCUCUAAUGAUUCAUGUCCAGCUGAGGCAGGUGUGUUGUGUACAUGUAUAUGCAUAAAAAAGGAGUGGGGGAAAAAAACAACUUAAAAGUAUCUGGCAUAUAACCUAUAGUUUCCUUAAGUGGAGUCUUACCAAACCACUCUGUAAAAAGCAUGAUGGGAUAUAUAACAUAUAAUGAUAUUUUAUAUUUAUGUUUAAAUAAUAUGGGAGUGCCCAUGCAGAGCUUUGCCAUGUUCACUCCAGGCCAUUUGAAGAUAUAAUGUGACUAUUAUCAAGCCUUUUCUUAAUGGUGAAGUAAACAAAAUAUAUCCACAGGGCUCUUGCAAGGUGUGGCCAUCAUAUUAGGUGGUCCACAUCAGAAGGACCAAGAUAGUCUGUGAGUGGAGAUAGAGCACAUCCUGGCUUAAAAUGACAUUUGUUGCUUGAUUGCACAGGAGUCCAGUUUGUUAUCUAAAGCCUAAAACUGCCAGGGCAAAAGACCGGAAAAUGCUGGAGAGCCCAUGUAAGGGUAUUAGACUCGGUUCUAGUCUGGUUGACAGAGCCAGGGAGGACCAUUCACACACUUUAAGCCGAUCACAGCCCAGUCAGGACAAAACACAUGCCCCCAGGUGUUUAAAUGCUAUCUUUCUCUCCCUAUCUCUGGAACCGGCAGGCAUUUACAUUUCAGCACAUAGAAGAGUAACUGAAAUGAAUUUGCAAAUUGAAUGGCAAGCAGAAUCCAUCAUCACAUAUUGAAGAGAACGUGUCAUUUAUGAAAAUGUCAAGUUAGAUAUUUUAUAGACCGAUUAUGAUUGUCAAGUCAUUAUCAAAAUUGGCCCAAUUUAUUUUCUUUAUACGUGUUAUUAUGAAGCAAUUGUGGGUGAAAUCUUGCGAGCAAUUAAUUGUUGCACUUUAUUCCAGAGUCAAAAGAAAAUGUUUGUCUUCGUAAAAUCUUAUCAUAAUGACUUUCAGUUUCAGUUGAUUACACCAAUGUUUCUUUUUUUUCAACCUCUCCUCUAUAAACACCUGUCAAGGAAACACCUUAAACUAGUUUGUACAAAUUGGUUUGCUUGACUCCUAACUGUUGGUCUGUUGGCUUGUUAUAGAGGGGUUUUGAGCACUUUUCAAUCUGGGAGAACAGUGGACCAGCUAAAGACCAGCUUAGACAGGCUAGGAGAUCAUUUUAAGAUAGCUAAGACCAGUUUAUUUAUUUUUAUUUUUUUAUUUUUUUCAUUUUUAGAGCAGAGAUACUGAACACUUUUCAGAGUCCAAUCUAAACCCAGUGGAUUAUAUCACACCAAAUCCUACUUAUUUAUUUAAAUAGCAUUAUAUGUAUAGCAUUACAAAACAAGAUCCAAACCAUUGUGUGGAAUGCUGUAAUUAGCUUAUCCAAAUCACCUGAGAUUUGAAAAUGUGUUAUUAUCAUGAGGCAUGAGUCAUGAGUCAUGAACAAAUGUGUUGUAUGGAUCUGAAAAAAGACCAACUGGUUCCAUAUAUAACUCUCCCGGAUAGUGGCGAUCAAUGCGGUAUUGAAUAGCUAGCAAAGAAGCAUCUCAAUUCAGCUUGAGGGAAAUAGCCAAGAAGAUCAGUGCCAGGUUAACCUAGGUACAAAUUGCUGAUUAAAUGUGAAGUGUCUUAGGAUGUUUACAUCCGUGUUUGUAUACGCUGGUCUGUCAGUUUCUGUGUGUAUGUUUAUGUUAGCGAAAGAAAGACUCAUUUUGUCAUCUAAUAAGUCUCCUGAUACAAAUAGUGUAAUGUCGUGUAUGUGUUUCUUCACUGUGAGCACCUGCACCUUGGAGACGUGUGUCAACACAAGCUUUAUUCUUCAAAUUGCUCAUUGUGGGAAUCUAAACAUAGGCCUACUGUACUAUGAGUGAGAAUGUGUUCUCGUCAUAUUAUAAUAAGUUUCAUGUAUAUCUAUUCUGUUUAGUUUCAGGGCAUAAAUGGCAACACUAAUAAAGCUAGAAAUAAAGAGGACAGCAAAUAGUUUUUUGUGCUGACUAGCAUAUAUUUUGGUCAGGCCAAACAGACACUCAGUCUAAAAAAGGAACAGUUGGGCAAUAUAUAUAUUUUGUCCAUCUUUUUUUUUGGUUUUGCUGUGUUUCACUGGUCUUUGUCUGGGUAGAGGUAAAAUAUGGUCAAUAUUUAGACCUAUGUAUACGUCUUCUGUCAUAUAUUGAGAGUGCAUACAUGUUUUAAAACUCAACCAAGCUGUGUUUUGUGCCUGCAGGGGUUCUGCACCUCUUUUUCUCUCUUUUAAAUUUAGUGUGGCCCAUGACACACCAGAUGAGCUGCUGUGUCUGUGCACUUUUCACAACUUGUUUCACAAUCUGUCUGGUUCACCAGCAUACACCCACACACUUACACACUACUCAUCGUUGAGCUUUGCAGAUACUUAUUUUUGCAUUUUCUACUUGAAAAUCACUUUGUUUUAUCUUUGGCAAAUGUGUAGGAACAAAGAAAGUGUGUUAACAUCAUUAAACUCUAUUAUGCAUUCCUGACAUUCAUUCAUUUGUACUUUUCACUGAAGGCUGCGAAGUUUUGUCUUUUUAAUGUUAAUUUAGAUGAUUUAUUGUAUUGUAAUUUCCUAUGCAAAAUUUACAGUACACAGGUUACGAAUAACCAGGAAAAAAAAAAAAUUUAAUCUAGCUCUCAUAAAAUGUCCAAAUUACAUUAUAGUUCAUUUAAAUAUUGUAUACAUCAAAAAAUGAACACACUUAUAAUAAAUGGCACUCCUUUGAAUAUGUUAUUACUCAUGUCCUCCUAUGGUUUUCUGAAUUGCCCUAUUAUGCAAACCUGCCCUCUAGAGGUCAAACAUUGACAUGCACAUCCCACAAUUCAAAGCAAGUUCAUACCAGAUGCAGUGCAAGUGUAAACUUCAUGUGAAACUGCAUAUUUACAUAAACAAUCAAACAAACACAUGCACACUUAGUCACACUGCAGGACGUUAUGAAAGUGUCUCCACAUGCAUCAUGUGUGAGUGCUUGUUUUUGCUGAUGCACACAGGCAGACACCACUGUGACUUGACUGCAGUGGGAUUUUUCACACGAUGCUGAGUAUGCUAAGCCAAAAAAAAAAAAAAUCCUCCAACAAGAGAGAAGAGUAAUCACACUGCCAGGGCUUCUAAAGUCAACAGGAAAUGUUGUUUGCAUCCCAUUUUUACUAAUUUGACAUAUUUCCAGUUUAAACAUGAUAACAAUGAGAAAUAUUUGAGGGUGGGGCUUGAUUUUGUCCAUCAGGUGGUUGUCACCACAAUAGAGCCAGGUAGAUUAAGAGGAGGGGUUAAAAAAGUACAAGAUGUCAGUCUAGAAGGAAGGUUGUUUCAAAGAGUUCUAAGAAGUUGUUUCAUGAGGCAUAACACAAGUUAUUAUAUUUUGAAGAGUAUUAAGAUGACCAAGUUCCACAGAAAGUAAAAGAGGUUGAUUUUGAUUUUCAUGCUUACUUUAAAAUCAAGCCCCUUUAUUAAGGUCUGAGAAUAAUAUCUGACAAAGCUUCGCAACCGGUAAGAGUGACAACAGAAAGAGGCCAACAUCAAGGUCAUAAGUUUAACAGAAACAGUACAGGUGGUUCAAAAACAAGAAGUUGCACGUUUUAUUGGCACUUGGCUAUUGUGUUUGGCCUCAAAUGCAGUCAGAGUCUCUUUUAGAAGCGGGCUCACGAACAUAAACAGAUUUCGAAUUUGGAUGAGUGUUGAUGUCAGGACAGAAAUUAUAUGAUUCUAUGAUUUGUUUUGAGUCUUGUACAGAGGUCGUAUUAAGGUGAAUGUCUAAAAAAGCAGUAAAUGUGUUUUAUUAACCUCUUGAGGUCUCAUUUAUUCAUCUUUUCUGCCUUUGUAAUAAUCUACAUAAUUGUGUCUGUAAUGUCUGCACCAGUGGAUUGUACCCUCCAACUAUUUAUAUUUAUGAUGCGCCAGAGAGCAGUUUGGAAGUCACUUUAAUCCUAGUUGUCUUGUGUCUAUAUGUUUGUGCUGUACAAAUGAUUAAUGUAUAGUCUUUGAAAGUUCUAUGGGAGAUUAGGAAAAAUAAAGCCAAACUUUUUAUAUGUUCAAGGCUGAAGCAAAUGGUUUUUCUGUAGACAUAAUGAAUAAAAUUUGUCAAACAACAAAAUAAUUUAUGCUGCUAUCCACUUUGAAACUAAGAACAUAUUAAGUUAAGUUAACUGUGUAAAUUAUGGUCUUUGUUCUCUUAUUAAUAUUCUGAAUGUUUCUAAUUAAAUUAGCUUUUAAUGAAAAUUAAUUUAACAAUUACUUUGAACAGCUCUUUUAAACAGGUAUAAUUCUGUGUCCUACUAUUAAUGAGCAUAGCUUUUGUGAAAAAGAUUUCGAUAAAAAAGUAGCUUUAUGACCACACAGAAAUGCAAUGGCGAGAAAGUCCAAAUCUUCAAAAGUACUGAACCAACUGAGAAAGAAAAACAGUAGGACACCCGCAGGGCUGUGAAUUCAUGUGCAAACAAUAAAGAAUCAAUCCAUGCACAUACAAACCCACAAGCAAGAACUGAGGCAGUGUUCAUUUGUAUGAGCAUGGCUACACUGAACAGCUAGGUUAUUUUUUUUAGAUCUUUUUUUGCAAUACAAACAAAUUCAUAAAGUCCACUGAGUGGUGUCUCCUGCCAUUUUAGAUGAAUCCAUGUUGUGCAUAAAAUGUUACAAGACACUAGUCAGUAUUGAUAAAUGGGGUUAAGUUCCUAGUUUAGACUUUUUAUUAUUAUUAUUUUGCUAAAUAUGCUAACUGUAUAUUACUUAUGGCCUCUAUGCAAUGUUAGUUCAAAACUUUUUGUUUUUCUGUUUCUUUCAGAGCCAUGACAGUAUGGUGGACUGUUUGAGUCGAGUCAUGCUGCACACAGCCGUGUCUUGCUGGCAGCCUUUGCUGGGGCUGGCCCUGGUGGCCGUGUUCGUGGGCUCCACUCUUGCCUGCCCCGCUCGCUGCGAGUGCUCCGCCCAGAGCCGCUCUGUCAUCUGCCACCGUAAGCGCUACAACGCAAUCCCUGAUGGAGUCCCAACUGAGACACGAAUCCUUGAUCUCAGCAAGAAUCGUAUUCCAGCCGUCAAUCCUGAUGACUUUUCGGUCUAUCCACACAUAGAAGAACUGGACCUGAGUGGGAACAUCAUUGCUUAUGUUGAGCCCGGAGCCUUCAACUCGCUCUACAGCCUCCACACACUAAGCUUAAAGAGCAACCGUAUCAAACUCCUCUCUCUAGGCGUCUUCUCCGGCCUCUCCAACCUGACAAACCUGGAUAUCAGUGACAACAAAGUUGUCAUUCUGGUGGACUAUAUGUUCCAGGACCUGCGCAACCUCAGGUCAUUAGAAGUUGGAGACAAUGAGCUGGUUUACAUCUCCCAUCGGGCCUUCAGUGGACUACUGUCACUGGAGAGCCUGACGCUGGAGCGCUGUAACUUGACGGUGGUGCCCACAGAUGCCCUGUCCCACCUGCACAACCUGGUGAGCCUACAUAUGCGCUACCUCAGUAUCAGCUCUCUACACCCCUACUCCUUCAAGAAGCUCUUCCACCUCCGUCAUCUAGUGAUCGACAACUGGCCAUCGUUAGAUUUGAUCCCUGCUAAUACUCUGCAUGGCCUCAACCUCACCACGCUUUCUAUUACCAACACCAACCUAUCCACUUUCCCUUACCAGGCUCUUCGCCACCUCCAUUACCUCACACACCUUAACCUCUCCUACAGUCGUAUCCGGGUGGUGGAGGGUGGCCUGCUUCAGGACCUGGUGCGAUUGCGUGAGCUGAGGUUGGCUGGGUCUCAACUGGUGUCUAUCGAACCCUACGCUUUCCAGGGGAUCCGCUGGCUCCGUUCGCUAAAUGUCUCCCACAACCGCCUUGAUACCCUGGAGAGGGGUGUAUUCCAUGCUCCUGAGGCCCUAGAGGUGCUGUUGAUCAACAACAAUCCUCUGGUUUGCGAUUGCCGACUCAUGUGGUUGCUGCAAAGGCGCCAUUCCAUUUCUUUUGGUGACACCCAGCCCGAGUGCAGCACUCCGGAAGGAAUUCACGGACGCCCCUUCAAGGAGUUCAAAGAGACCCUGCUAUCCUACUAUGUGACCUGCACCAAGCCGAAAAUCAGAGAAAACCGAACUCAGAUGGUGUCAGUGGAGGAGGGACAGUCAGCCCGUUUACACUGCAGCGCUGAGGGGUCCCCACGGCCCACUAUUUCCUGGGUCACCCCGCGCCGGAGGCACCUGACCAACAGGAGCCAUGGCAGGGUGAUAGUCCACAACAACGGUUCAUUGGAUAUCAAGGCGGCGGAGGUUCAGGAUGACGGUGUGUAUAUGUGUGUGGCCUCUAACACGGCAGGCAAUGACACUCUUAUGGUAUCACUGGCAGUGAAAAGUCUGGGCUCGCUGUAUGCCAACAGGACCCAGCAUUACACAGAUACAAGCAAUGCCACUGCCAAUGGUACCAACCUCCCCAAUGUGACCUUUGGCCUGGACCUAAAGACUAUCUUAGUUUCUACAGCCAUGGGCUGUUUCACAUUCCUAGGAGUGGUUCUCUUCUGCUUCCUGCUCCUGUUUGUAUGGAGUCGAGGAAAAGGCAAACAUAAAAACAACAUUGAUAUUGAGUACGUGCCACGCUCAAAGUCCAAUGGGACCUCUGCCGAGGAGGCGGACCAGGGUGCUGGGCCACGUCGCUUUAACAUGAAAAUGAUUUAAGACGUGGAAAGUAAUACCAGUGGGAAUUUACCCUGAUCUUUGUUUCACAAAUGCUACCUGGAACAGGACUCCUUCAAACCAAUGCCAGGAAACUCAACAGGCCCUAAGGUUCAGUCCAGGUUUUGGUUAAGCUUGGACUUCACUGGAUGCGCAAAGGGAAUUAUAUGUGUCAAUAAUGAACCACUUUCAAUUUAUAUGAAACCCUCUUGGUAAGAGGGGAUGUUCAGCAAACACUCCAACACAAAUUGUGUAAAGAACCAAUUUGUAAAAUUCAAGUAUUACUCUUAUUUGCCGAGGCUCGCACAUGCUUUCUCACUGCGACUAACAGAUGAUCGGGAAUCUGUUCUCUCCCUCAUUAUCCUGCAUAUAUGUACGUAAUGCCCAGUUAUGUAUGUGUAUGUUAACAUGUAUAAACACUUUCUUUUGUUGCAUUGUUCACAAAAUGCAAU